CCCCCACCCCCCCACCCUGGGUAGGGCGCCGGAUCCCGCCGGUUGGUGUCUGGGACAGCGUCUGCGCCCAGGUGCCAGCCCGUGGGAAGGUGACCCAAGGCGGCGGGACAACCCCAGCCCCUUCCGGUCUGGUCAGCUGGGUGUUUCCGGCCGGAAGGCGCUCGGUGGAGAAGGGGGGCUGAAGGGAAGUCCCGCCUCUGUCGCGGACGCCGCCACGCACUUGGCCCGGUCCUGGAGGGGCGGGCAGGUGAGGGCCUCGGUGUGCCGAGACCCCCAGUAUUCGACCGUGCGAGGUGCCCGGACUAAGGGCACGAGAUCUGAUUCCGGAGCUGCCAUGAUUGAAGUGGUAGCAGAGCUGAGCCGAGGUCCUGUGUUUCUGGCAGGGGAGGCCCUCGAGUGUGUGGUGACAGUCACCAACCCCCUGCCCCCCACGGCCACUUCUGCAUCCAGUGAGGCUCUGGCCUGGGCCAGUGCCCAAAUCCACUGCCAGUUCCAUGCCAGCGAGAGUCGGGUAGCACUACCUCCCCCUGACUCCAGUCAGCCAGAGGUCCAGCCUGAGAGCCAGACUGUCUUUCUACCACACCGAGGUGAGAGGGGUCAGUGUAUCCUUUCCACCCCACCAAAAAUCCUUUUCUGUGAUCUGAGACUAGAUCCUGGAGAGUCCAAAUCAUACUCCUACAGCGAAGUGCUGCCCAUAGAGGGACCACCCUCCUUUCGGGGUCAGUCAGUCAAGUAUGUCUACAAACUGACCAUUGGCUGCCAGCGUGUCAACUCACCCAUCACUUUACUCAGGGUCCCUCUGAGGGUUCUUGUGCUGACAGGCCUUCAAGAUGUGCGGUUUCCCCAGGAUGAGGCUGUAGCCCCAUCUAGUCCAUUCUUGGAGGAGGAUGAAGGUGGAAAGAAGGAUUCGUGGCUAGCCGAGCUGGCUGGGGAGCGUCUCAUGGCUGCCACGUCCUGCCGCAGCCUCCAUCUAUACAAUAUCAGUGAUGGCCGAGGAAAAGUUGGGACAUUUGGCAUCUUCAAAUCUGUAUACAGACUCGGCGAGGAUGUGGUGGGGACCUUAAACUUAGGGGAAGGAACUGUAGCUUGUUUGCAGUUUUCAGUAAGUUUACAGACUGAGGAGCGUGUACAGCCUGAAUACCAGAGGCGCCGCAGGACGGGGGGUGUCCCCUCUGUCUCUCAUGUGACCCAUGCCCGGCACCAGGAGUCCUGCUUGCAUACAACCAGAACCAGCUUCUCCCUCCCCAUCCCUCUCAGCUCCACCCCAGGCUUCUGCACAGCCAUUGUGUCCCUGAAGUGGCGAUUGCAUUUUGAAUUUGUAACAUCACGAGAACCAGGUUUGGUGCUCCUCCCUCCCUUGGAACAGCCGGAGCCUGUCACCUGGACAGGGCCUGAGCAAGUGCCCGUAGACACCUUCAGCUGGGACCUCCCAAUCAAGGUGCUGCCCACAAGCCCUACCCUGGCCUCAUAUGCAGCCCCAGGGCCCAGCACCAGCACCAUAACCAUCUGAAACUGACUCACCGCGACGCUCUCUUUCUUCAGGAUAUGGAGAACUCGGCACCUGGACUCUAUAGUAGGGCCCGUUUUCCCCACCUGGGUCCAGGGGCAUGGACAAUGAGAGGCAGUCUUUCAGCUGUAGCAUUAAUUUAUUUAUUCAGAAUAAAUUGGCAGCUGCUAGUGGUUUCCCUGGAA